AUGUCGGCCGAGGAGGGCGCGUCGGCGUCAGCGUCCGCGCCCGCGGCGGAGGCGCCCGCGGCGGAGGGGGCAAUGGGGGCCGAGGAGGCGGCGGCCAGGAAGCGCUACGAGGCGCUGGUGCAGGUGCGCGCCAAGGCCAUCAAGGGCAAGGGCGCCUGGUACUGGGCGCACCUGGAGCCCGUGCUCGUGCCGCCGCCCGCCUCCGGCCAGCCGCCCAAGAUGGCGCGCCUGCGCUGCACGCUCUGCGCCGCCACCUUCUCCGCAUCCAACCCGUCGCGCACCGCCUCCGAGCACCUCAAGCGCGGCGCCUGCCCCAACUUCGCGUCGCCGCUGGCGGCCUCGGCGCCGCCCGUCUCCACAGCGCCGCCGCUCGCCAUCGCCGCGGCGUCCUCCGUCGUGCCCAUCUCCUCCUUCCCGCCGUCGUCGCAGCAGCGCCGCCACUCCACGGGCGGCGGAGGCCGCAAACGCCACGCGCUGGCAGCGGCGUACGCAGCCGUGGAGGCGGCAGCAGCGGCCUCCUCGCAGCACCAGCACGUGGUGGUUGGCGAGCCGGCCAUCUACUCCACGCCGCCCACGCCGCCGGCGCUGCCCGCGCCGCGCCAGAUCCUCUCGGGCGGCCGCGGCGACCUGGGCGCGCUGGCGCGCCUCGAGGACAGCGUCAAGCGGCUCAAGUCGCCCGUCGCGUCACCGGGGUCGAUGCUGCCGCGGCACCAGGCCGAGGCGGCGCUCGCGCUGCUCGCCGACUGGUUCCUCGAAUCGUCCGGGAGCGUCUCCCUGGCCGCGGCGGAGCACCCGAAGCUCAAGGCCUUCCUGCGCCAGGUCGGACUGCCGGAGCUGUCGCGCGCCGACCUAACCCGCGGGCGCCUCGACGCGCGCUACGCCGAGGCCCGCGCCGACGCCGCCGCGCGCGUCCGGGACGCGCGCUUCUUCCAGCUCGCCGCGGACGGGUGGCGCGACCAGGUCGUCACGCUCGCCGUCAACCUCCCCAACGGCACGUCCGUCUUCCACCGCGCCGUGCCCAUGCCGGCACCGCCGUCGUCCGACUACGCCGAGGAGGUGCUGCUGGACGCCGUGUCGUCCGUCGCGGCCUCCGCCGACCUCCGCCAUUGCGCCGGCAUCGUCGCCGACCGCUUCGGCUCCAAGGCUCUGCGCGAUCUCGAGAGCAAGCACCCGUGGAUGGUGAACCUUUCGUGCCAGGCCCACUGCUUGGCACGCCUGGCGAAAGACCUGGCGCGCGAGCUCCCUGUGGUCCACUCCGCCGCCACCAAUUGUGCCAAGAUGGCCGCCUACUUCAACGCCACUCCGGCCGUGCGCGCGCUGCUGCAGCGGCACCAGGACCAAGAGCUUGGCCACGCUGCUGGGCUCCUCCGCGUCGCCGCCCCGCCGUCGAAUGGGAGCGACACCGAAACCAGCGCAGCAUUCGCGAUGCUCGAUGACGUGCUGAACUCUGCACGGCCGCUCCAGCUCUCCGUGCUCGAGGAGCCCUUCAAGCUGCUCUGCAUUGACGACUCCACCGCGCGGGAGAUCGUGGACAUGGUGCACAGCGCGGCGUUCUGGGCGGAGGUGGAGGCGGCGCACUUGCUGGUGAAGCUGAUCACCGACAUGGUGAAGGAGAUGGAGACCGAACGGCCGCUCGUCGGGCAAUGCCUCCCGCUCUGGGACGACCUGCGCGGCAAGGUCAGAGGCUGGUGCCGCAAGUUCAACGUGGACGAAGGCAUCGCCAUGAGCGUGGUGGAGAGGAGGUUCAGGAGGAGCUACCACCCGGCGUGGUCGGCGGCAUUCAUCCUGGACCCGCUGUACCUCAUCAAGGACGUCAGCGGGCGGUACCUCCCGCCGUUCAAGUACCUGACGGCGGAGCAGGAGAAGGACGUGGACAGGCUGAUCACGAGGCUGGUGUCGCCGGAGGAGGCGCACCUGGCGAUGAUGGAGCUGAUGAAGUGGCGGUCGGAGGGCCUGGACCCGCUGUACGCGCAGGCGGUGCAGGUCCGGCAGCCCGACCCGGCGACGGGGAAGAUGAAGAUCGCCAACAAGCAGAGCAGCCGGCUGGUGUGGGAGACGUGCCUCAGCGAGCUCAAGUCGCUGGGCAAGGUGGCCGUGCGGCUCAUCUUCCUCCACGCGACCGCGAUGGGGUUCAGAUGCACGCCGACGAUGACGCGGUGGCUGACCGCGCCCGGGACCUCCUCGUCGCGGGGAAUCGCCCGCGCGCAACGGCUAGUGUUCGUGGUGGCCAACUCGAAGCUGGAGCGGAAGGACCUGUGGAACGACGACGACAGGGACGCGGAGCUGCUCAUGGAGGGAGACGAUGACAUGCUGACUGAUCCGACCACCGCCAUUGUGGUUCCCUCAUCGGUGUAA